AUGAUCACAUAUCAUGAACUUCGUCGCGCUACAAAUGGCUUCUCUAAAGCCAAUUUGGUCGGAAUUGGGAGUUAUGGUUCGGUGUAUAUGGGAAAGAUUUUUGAUAGUACCGUUGUUGCUGUAAAGGUUCUGAAUCCAAAAGAAGAUGGUGCAUUUAGAAGUUUUGACGCAGAGUGCAAAGUCUUGCGGACAACUCGACAUAGGAAUCUUGUUAAGAUCAUCACUUCUUGCUCGAAUCCUGAGUUUAGAGCUUUGAUCAUGGAUUAUAUGUCAAAUGGAAGCCUUGAGAAGUGGUUGUACUCCGAAAACCACAACUUGAAUCUCUUGCAAAGAAUCAACAUUAUGAUUGAUGUGGCAACAGCUUUAGAUUAUCUCCAUUAUGGUCAGUCAGAGCCAAUUGUACACUGUGAUCUAAAGCCCAACAAUAUCUUGCUAGAUGAAGACAUGGUUGCACAUGUUGGUGACUUUGGCAUUGCGAAAAUCCUCACAAAGGUAGACGAUGCAGUGCAUACCAGGACAUUAGGCACCAUUGGCUAUGUUGCACCUGAGUAUGGCUUCGAGGGACGUGUUUCUAUUAAGAGCGACAUGUACAGCUAUGGGAUAAUGAUGUUGGAAAUAGUUACUGGAAAGAAACCAACAGAUGAAAUGUUUGUCGGAGAAGUAAGCUUGAGACAAUGGGUUAACGCAUCAUUUCCUAAUACGUUGUUGGAUGUUGUUGAUAUUGUUUUAAAGCCAAAUGGAAGCAGAACCAGACAUAUUGACAUGGUGCAUGAUUCUCUUUUCUCCCUCUUGGAAAUGGGUCUGGAGUGUUCAAGAGAAAUACCAGAGGAAAGGACGGAUGUGAAGGACGUGGUUGCCAAGCUGACCCAGAUCAAGCUGAAGCUUCUACCCAACCGAACAAAGCGUCCUGUGUUUCUUUCUUCAUGA